AUGAGGCUGAUGCUGAACAUAGAGAUCCAGAUGGAUGCAGGUCCCGGGCUGCAAGUGAGAGAUAAAAAGGACCUUCUAGCUCUUUCCUUGCAUAGACUGAGUGAAGAUGUUCAGGGUGAAAGCAAACACAAUAUACUUUUUAAAAUACUCUUUCAUCCUCUGAUAUAUGCUCUUAUUUACUCAUUUCCCUCUCUUUUUCCCUUUGCAGAAUACUUGAGAAGCGAGACCGCCUUUCUGGAAGAGUUGGUGUUUGGAAGUGGAGAUACCAUUGAACUUUCCUGUAACACCCAAAGCUCUUCUGUGUCAGUUUUCUGGUUUAAAGAUGGUAUUGGGAUUGCACCUUCCAACAGAACUCAUAUUGGACAAAAACUGUUGAAGAUAAUCAAUGUGUCAUAUGAUGAUUCAGGGCUGUACAGUUGCAAGCCAAGGCAUUCCAACGAGGUCCUGGGAAACUUUACAGUCAGAGUGACAGAUUCCCCUUCGUCAGGUGAUGAUGAAGAUGAUGAUGAUGAGUCAGAAGAUACAGGUGUCCCCUUCUGGACCCGGCCAGAUAAGAUGGAGAAGAAGCUGCUGGCAGUUCCUGCCGCCAACACCGUUCGUUUCCGAUGUCCAGCAGGUGGAAACCCAACUCCCACCAUCUACUGGCUGAAGAAUGGCAAAGAGUUCAAGGGGGAGCACAGGAUUGGGGGCAUCAAGUUGCGACACCAGCAGUGGAGCUUGGUGAUGGAGAGUGUUGUGCCAUCAGAUCGAGGAAACUACACCUGUGUUGUGGAGAACAAAUAUGGCAAUAUUAGGCACACGUACCAGCUUGAUGUUUUAGAACGAUCACCCCACCGACCAAUCCUGCAAGCAGGACUCCCUGCCAAUCAGACCGUGGUGGUUGGGAGCAAUGUGGAAUUUCACUGCAAGGUCUAUAGUGAUGCCCAGCCUCAUAUCCAGUGGCUGAAACACGUGGAAGUCAACGGCAGCAAGUAUGGACCUGAUGGGACACCCUACGUCACAGUGCUGAAGACAGCAGGUGUUAACACAACGGAUAAGGAGCUAGAGAUUCUGUACUUGCGAAAUGUUACUUUUGAGGAUGCUGGGGAAUAUACUUGUCUCGCAGGGAAUUCUAUUGGGUUCUCACAUCACUCUGCUUGGCUGACGGUGCUACCAGCAGAGGAGCUGAUGGAAAUGGAUGAUUCAGGCUCAGUGUAUGCUGGCAUUCUCAGCUAUGGCACUGGCUUAGUCCUCUUCAUCCUGGUGCUGGUCAUUGUGAUUAUCUGCAGGAUGAAAAUGCCAAACAAAAAAGCCAUGAACACCACCACUGUACAGAAAGUCUCCAAAUUUCCACUCAAGAGACAGGUGUCGUUGGAGUCCAACUCUUCCAUGAAUUCCAACACACCCCUGGUCCGGAUCACUCGUCUCUCCUCCAGCGAUGGGCCGAUGCUGGCCAACGUCUCUGAGCUGGAACUUCCUCCAGAUCCCAAGUGGGAAUUGGCACGCACUCGCCUGACCCUGGGGAAGCCACUUGGUGAGGGCUGUUUUGGCCAAGUGGUGAUGGCAGAAGCAAUUGGGAUUGAUAAAGACAAGCCAAACAAGGCCAUCACGGUGGCUGUCAAGAUGCUAAAAGAUGAUGCCACAGACAAGGAUCUUUCAGACCUGGUCUCUGAGAUGGAAAUGAUGAAAAUGAUUGGGAAACACAAAAACAUCAUUAACCUCCUCGGUGCCUGUACACAGGACGGACCACUCUACGUGUUGGUUGAAUACGCAUCGAAGGGGAACUUGCGGGAAUACCUCAGGGCACGUCGCCCACCUGGCAUGGACUAUUCCUUCGACACCUGCAAGCUGCCCGAGGAGCAGUUGACAUUUAAAGACUUGGUUUCCUGUGCCUACCAGGUGGCCCGGGGCAUGGAGUACUUGGCAUCACAGAAAUGCAUUCAUCGUGACUUGGCAGCCAGGAAUGUGUUAGUCACUGAGGACAAUGUGAUGAAAAUAGCUGAUUUUGGCCUUGCUAGAGACGUUCACAACAUCGACUAUUACAAGAAAACCACCAAUGGUCGGCUGCCUGUGAAAUGGAUGGCUCCAGAAGCAUUGUUUGACCGGGUCUAUACUCACCAGAGCGAUGUCUGGUCUUUUGGAGUGCUACUAUGGGAGAUCUUCACUUUGGGAGGAUCUCCAUACCCGGGAAUUCCUGUUGAAGAACUUUUCAAACUCUUGAAAGAGGGCCAUCGGAUGGAUAAACCCGCCAACUGCACCCACGACCUGUACAUGAUCAUGCGGGAGUGCUGGCAUGCCAUCCCCUCGCAGCGACCCACCUUCAAGCAGCUGGUGGAAGACCUGGAAAGAGUCCUCACCAUGACAUCCACUGAUGAGUACCUGGACCUCUCGGUGCCCUUUGAGCAAUACUCGCCCGCUGGCCAGGAUACCCACAGCACCUGCUCCUCAGGGGACGACUCGGUUUUUGCACAUGACCUGCUGCCUGAUGAGCCCUGCCUGCCCAAGCAUGCACCCUGUAACGGUGUCAUCCGCACAUGACAGCCCCCCUGGACAGAAGGAUGGACAGACAGGCAGUGUGCCCACCCUGGCGCAAGCGCAGAGUGCCGAAGACAAACCCAUAGUGAAGGAUGUUUCCAUUAAACUGCUCGGUGAUGCCAGAGGAUUUUUGUUGUUGAACUGUUCAAGGGUUAAAAAAAAAAAAAAGAAAUUAAAACAAAUCUUUUUUUUCCCCCGUUUGCUGUAUGAAAAGUCAAGAAGCACUGUUUGGCCUGAAGGAACUCAUCUCUUGCCAAGAUGAUCUAUCAUGUAUGUAUUUUUUUUUAAUUUUUUUCUUUAUUCCUAAGCAGAAUGUUAAACCUGAGGGCACUGCCCUCCCGCCUGCGCUUGCUGAGCGCCAGAGUAGCCAAUCUGUGCCUACAAUACGAAGAAGAGGAAAAAAAUCUUCCUUUUUUUUAAAAAAAAAAAGAGAAAAGACUAAUGAAAAAAAAAUGUAAAGAAUGUAGAAAUUCUUUGCUUAUGCAAUCUGUACAUGAACCUUUUUGGUGGAGCUGAAAAGCCACGUUGCCUGCAGGGAUUCAUAUAUUUAUAGAAAUAUCUAUAUUUUUGUUGUCGUCGUUUUUAUAGCUUCGUGACCUUAUUUCCCAGCUACAUAGAAGGAAUCUUUUUCAGAAGAAGAAAAAUAAAUAAUACGCAAAUCAAGAUGGAGGAAGAAUUAAAAAUUAAAAAAAAAAAAGACAGUCAAGUCAUCCUAUAGGAGGAGAGCACUGCCUGGCCACUGGCCAUGUCCCGUAGGGAUUGCACACCCAUGUGGCAUCUUGAGCUGUGUCCCAACCUACAGGAAGAACCGAUCUGGGGAAAAUCUUGCUUUUUGGAGACGGGGGUUUGCAUACUUUUGCUUUCAAAGGGCAAGUUGUAGGGGAGAAACUCCUCCAGCCCUUGGCACCAGCGGUUUUGCUCCAUCUACAUGCAGUGACUUGGAGAAAGAAGUUACGGGUACCUGUAGGCAAGAGCCUUUAACUUAUAUCAAAAAGGUUUAUUCCAGAGAAUCUGUGUAUAUAUCUAUAAAUAUAUCCUGUAUAUAUAUAAAUAAAUAUAUAGGGGAAAAAAAAAA